GAUAAACGUUACAAACCGGUCCAGGUCAUCAGUACUACACGAGCAUCCCAUCGAGAUACACGAUCGUGCAAUUUCUUCAUUGAGUAUCCAGUCAAGGACAACGCAAUAAUGAGGCUUAACAGUAUCAUACCGAAUUUUAAAGCUGAGACCACACAGGGUCCCAUCAAUUUUUACGAAUGGCAAGGCAACUCAUGGGUGGUUUUAUUCUCCCAUCCCGCAGACUUCACUCCUGUGUGCACUACCGAAUUGGGUCGCAUUGCCGUGCAUCAGCCACACUUUCAGAAACGCAAUACCAAGCUGCUUGCUCAUUCAGUUGACAAGCUCAAGGACCAUGUGGAUUGGGUUAAUGAUAUUAAGUCGUACUGCAGAGACAUUCCUGGCGCUUUCCCGUAUCCUAUCAUUGCCGAUCACGAUCGUAAGCUUGCCGUACAACUAGACAUGAUCGACGAACAAAGCAAGGACGAUCCGGAAACCGCUCAGACUGUUCGUGCUUUAUACAUUAUUAGUCCGGAUCAUCGUCUGCGACUCUCUAUGCAAUAUCCGACCUCCACUGGACGUAAUGUCGACGAGAUAUUGCGUGUGAUCGAUUCGUUGCAGCUCGUUGAUAGACGACCAGAAGUAGCAACUCCCGCUAACUGGGUGCCUGGUGAAAAGGUAAUGAUCCUGCCGACAGUGAAGGAAGAGGAUCUUCCGAACCUCUUCCCAGGAGGUGUCGAUCGCGUGUCUAUGCCGUCUGGAAAAGUCUACGUCCGCACUACCACCGAUUAUUAAUCGAGAACGUUUUCUUUACGCACAGAAAUAUAUUUUUCACUUGCUUUUAAUUUCUUUACCUGAAUAGUUUUCAUUUAAUGCCUUAAAGCGAAUUUAUUUCAAGCAGAUUGUAUCUUGAUGAAAAGUUUUUUUUUAAAUUACAUUUGACAAUUUUUUAAAA